CUCCAGGUUUCCGCUUCCGCUCUACCCAGUCCUCUUCACCCUGGCGGGGUCGCGGGGUGGGGAUGGCGGCUGGUGGCGAUCAUGGCUCGCUUGACACCUACCGCUCACCUCUUGCCUCCCGCUAUGCCAGCCCGGAGAUGUGCUUCGUGUUUAGCGACAGGUAUAAAUUCCGGACAUGGCGACAGCUGUGGCUGUGGCUGGCGGAGGCCGAGCAGACAUUGGGUUUGCCUAUCACAGAUGAACAAAUCCAGGAGAUGAAAUCCAACCUGGACAACAUCGACUUCAAGAUGGCAGCUGAGGAAGAGAAACGGUUACGACAUGAUGUGAUGGCUCACGUGCACACGUUUGGCCACUGCUGCCCAAAAGCUGCAGGCAUUAUUCACCUUGGUGCCACCUCUUGCUAUGUUGGAGACAAUACAGACUUGAUUAUUCUUAGAAAUGCCCUUGACCUGCUUUUGCCAAAGCUUGCCAGAGUGAUCUCUCGGCUUGCCGACUUUGCUAAGGAACAAGCCAAUCUACCCACGUUAGGUUUCACACAUUUCCAGUGCUUGUUCCCCUGCCUCCCCCAGAUUUGCACAGACAUACGCCUCCUGGCAAACCUCAAGGAGAUGGAGGAACCUUUUGAAAAACAGCAGAUUGGCUCAAGUGCAAUGCCAUAUAAGCGGAAUCCCAUGCGUUCAGAACGUUGCUGCAGUCUUGCCCGCCACCUGAUGACCCUUGUCAUGGACCCGCUACAGACAGCAUCUGUCCAGUGGUUUGAACGCACACUGGAUGAUAGUGCCAACCGACGGAUCUGUUUGGCUGAGGCAUUUCUUACUGCGGAUACUAUACUGAAUACGCUGCAGAAUGUUUCUGAAGGAUUGGUAGUGUACCCCAAAGUAAUUGAACGGCGCAUUCGGCAAGAGCUGCCUUUCAUGGCCACAGAGAACAUCAUCAUGGCCAUGGUCAAAGCCGGAGGUAGCCGCCAGGAUUGCCAUGAGAAAAUCAGAGUGCUUUCUCAGCAGGCAGCUGCUGUGGUUAAGCAGGAAGGGGGUGACAAUGACCUCAUAGCGCGUAUCCAGGCUGAUGCCUACUUUAGUCCCAUUCACUCCCAGUUGGAUCGUUUACUGGAUCCUUCUUCUUUCACUGGUCGCGCCUCCCAGCAGGUGCAGAGAUUCUUAGAAGAGGAGGUGUAUCCCCUGUUAAAACCAUAUGAAAGUGUGAUGAAGGUCAAAGCAGAAUUAUGUCUGUAGACUUGGAAGAGAAUUAAACGAAAAAUCAUUGUGAAUUGCUGAGGCAUGAAAAUUCUGUUACUGUAAUGCCUUAUUUUACGUCAAGAAUGUUACCUUAAAUUAAUACAGCAUUUUCUUCUUCCAUGGUGCUUUCCCAUUUCUCAAGGUCCCACAUUUCUCAACAAUGCAGAAACAACGUGCAUUGAAGUUUACUCUUGUUUACAACAACACAAACUUGCAUAAUAAAUGUAGUUCAUACUUGA